GGAGGGUAAAGUCGGGAUUCGGACUGGACAGCUAGUGAUGUUGAAGGCGAAAUAGCCGACGAUGUCAAUGUAUCUGUCGCACGGUUGGCUCCCGAUGCCGCUGAUCCUUGGCGCUGGAACUGCUGUGCCAAUGAACCUUUCUUAUGCGUUGCAGCUGGACAGAGAUGUGGCUACGGAGUGGUGGCGCCGUGGGCGAGGAAUGCUUUGGUUCCAACAUCUCCGGCGCGGAGGGGGCACGUCACUCUGCAACCUUCUACGCCACGCUUUGGUCCAUGGUGAGUUCGUGGAGGAGCGUUCAGAAGCAUGUCAACCGGAGGAGUGGAAGUUGAGAGAUGCCAGUGUGGUGAGCGGUCACAACUUGACGACACUUGCUACUGAACUUCGACUCCUAGGUGGGAAUGCCUUCUCUCAGGAGUACGGUGCAUUGCCUUCGCGCGAGCUGCUUGCAAGAGGUGCUGCACGCCGAUCCAUGCGGCGGUGGGUCUUUGUCACGAACAUCCGUGAUCCUUGGUCUCGCUUCUGGAGUCAGCUGCGUCACGAGAUGGCACCAUGCCUUUCAACAGUGCAGGCUCUUGCUGUUUGCGUGGCUGGCCAACACCAGAGGCUUGGUCCCUGGUGGUCGCCGACAUCUCACAUUGAUUCUGUUCUUGGUGUAUCUGGUUUUCGCAUCUCGGCAUCGCCACAUAUUUAUAGUGACAACUACUACACCCGGAUGCUGCUGAACCGCACCGAUCUCAACGGGCCACCCUUGACAGAACAUGAUUACGAGGUUGCGAAGUCGAUCCUGUUUCAGCGAAUGUCUGCUGUGAUCGUAGUUGAGGACUUUGCAAGAUCUGCGCUUCAACUCGCAUGCACAUUGGGGCUGAACCUGGAAGCUGCCCGCCCCUUGCUUUUUACUCAAAUCCGGCCAUACCAAGAGCACGAGGCCAUGAUGGACAUCCCGACAGAGUCAGAGCUCGGGGUUCAAGACGUGACGGCUGUGCGACUUCGCUUCAUUGAAAGGAACAGGUUCGAUUAUGGCUUAUACCAUGAAGCAAAGAAGCUGUCAGAGAUACGUGUGGCAAAAUGUGCCAGGCAAAAUCCUGAUGUGGCUGCCCUCAGAGCUGCCCCCAUGGUGCAGGAAGUCAAGAAGGCUCCUGAACCCGUGGUGGCUUCUUUGGAUGACAUUUUUGGAUGUACCAAUGGCAGCCUGGAGGUUGGACCGGAUGGUAGCUACGUCCUGUAUUGUCCCCGGACGAGCGAGCAGGCGUCGAGGUCCUGGUGGUCCCCCUUGGGCUCGCACAAAAGAAGAGCUGGCCAAAAGGUUCCUGGAGAGCACUGCUGGCGUGAAGGAUUCAAAUGGGGCUUUUGUUGCGAUCACCGCUAUGGACCCUAUGGGAACAAAGAUUGCCACGUCGUCAGCUGUGGACUAUUGACCGGGAGUUUGCCGAGAUUUUGCUGAAGCUCAGGUUGGGAUUCAAUCCACAACUAUUCCUCCUGCUGUGUGGGGAAACUCAGUUCCACAAUCUUGAAUACCAAGCAGCACCAAUCAUCAACCCAGCAAAAACUUGCAGGAAAUCAAAGACCAACGCCAAGACCAAGAUACCAAAAUCC